AUGGCUGAAAUUAAUACAGCAAAGAUGCAGAUUGGAGCAAUUGUAUUUCUUACUUAUCUCGUGUUGCCGGCCAUGUUCGCUGAAGAUGUCAGUUAUCAAGCUUGUGUUGACAAAUAUUCAAGAAAGGGAUACCAACCUUGGCAAGAAUGGUCAGACCACUACACAUGUCAUAGAUACCGAUGUGAAAUCAGAGACGGAAAGUAUUUUAUAGCUGCUGUCGGAUGUAGAAAACCGAAAAUACCUGAAAAUGCGCUGGAAUGCCACGAAUAUAUUGAAGAUGAAAAUGUCGAAUUCCCCACAUGUUGCGCUCGACUCAGAUGUGUGGUAGAAGUCAACGGUGAGAGAAUUGUUCAAACAAGGGGACAGCCUGGUGAACUUUUCCCUGACAAGCCAUGGAAAGGUCAACAAAACGAACCCAACCCAGCUGUAGUCGCUAUGGGUGGUAUCCAGCAAAACACCGUCGGAGCUGAGCCUCAAGGUCAACCAGCGCCCGGAAUUUUCAACAGCAGAGGAGCAGCGGAUGGCAACGAUAUUAAUGGACGUCGCUACGUAGAUCCGUACCCAAACCCACAAAUGCAAGAGUCACCAAGGAAGAAGAGAAACGCAUAUCCUAGAGAAUAUCCGAUGGCCGAUCCGCGGGAUCGCGCCCUCCGCGCUGAAGCUGAAUUCUUCAGCAACAAACCUAAAAAACUCCAUGGCUAUUCCCCUGAAAGAUACACUUCAUAUUUUAAUAAUGUAAUGAACAAUCGAAGAGUUGUAAAUCCCGCUUUGCGUUCUAAUAUGAUGAUUUAA